AAAAUGUGUUUUAUCAGUCACCAAUUGUGCAAGUUUUCUCAUUUAAAAUGAUGACAGAGAUCUGUAAUUUUCAUCAAUGGCGCACUUUGUACUGUGAGAGACCGAAUGUGGGGGAAAAAAAUCCAGGAAAUCAUUUUAGGAUUUUUAAAGAAUUUAUUUGUAAAUGAUCAAGAAUAAAAUUAAGACCUGCACCAGGCUCGGAGGAGUGAAUCUACUAUAGCUUGCCUUGAAAAUAGCAAGAAGCUUGGUGUGAAUAAAUUAAAAUGUGGGAGCAAUUAUUAGAAAAUGGAAGGCAUACAGGACCAUUGAUAAUGUCCCUCGAUCUGAGACUCCACACAAGAUCUCACCUUGUGGAGUCAAAAUUAUCAUGACAACAGUGAGCAAAAGCCCCUCAACUACACCUACUGAAUGACCUGCAGAGAGCUGGGACCAUAGUAACAAAAGUUAUGUCCCAAACACCAUACCUACUGUGAAGCAUGGGGGUGGAAACAUCAUGCUUUGGGGCUCUUUUUCUGCAAAAGGGACAGGACAACUGAUCUGUGCUAAGGAAAGCAUUAAUUUGGCCAUGUUUAGUAACAUUUUGAGCCAAAACCUCAGGAUGGAAUGUGGCUGGGCCUUCCAGCUGGAGAGUAAUUCCAAACACACCGCCCUGGCAACACAGGAGUGGCUCUGUAAGAAGCAUUUCGAAGUCCUGGAGUGGCCAAGCCAGUCCCCAGACCUCAACCCCAUAGAAAAUCUGCGGAGGGAGUUGAAAGUCCGUGUUGCCCAGCGACAGCCCCAAAACAUCACUGCUCUAGAGGAGAUCUGCAUGGAGGAAUGACCCAAAAUACCAGCAACGGUGUGUGAAACCUGGGGAAGACCCACAGUAAACGUUUGACCAAUGUCAUUAAUAACAAAGUAUUAAGCUGAACUUGAACCAAAUACUUAUUUUCCACCAAAAUUUACAAACUCUUCAAAAAUCCUACAAUAUGAUUUCCUGAUUUUUUUUUUUUUCCAUUCUGUCUAUGAAAAUUACAGACCUCUGUCAUCAUUUAAAGUGGAGAACUUACAAUCGGUGGCUUGCUAAAUACCAUUUUGCCCCACUGUAUUCCUUGGUCUGUAUGUGUGUAUGUAUGUAUGUAUGUACCUGUUUAUCUCUCAUAGGGCUCGUUAACAAAUAAAUAAAAUAAUUCCUAAAUAAUUUAUUGGAUAAUUACUACAUGGCUGAUUUUACAUCAGCUGGCAACAAGUUAUUUAUCUCCAUCUGAUGCCAGGAGUAGUAUUAGAGUAAAAAAAAAAGCAAUUAAUUCACAAUGGAAGAGAGACAGUCCACAGCGAAACUUAAAACUGUAGGUCUUUCCUACAGAGAAAUAGCCAAGCAAGUAAGUCUACAUCGAAAGUCACCCAAGUGGUUACGCCUCUGACUGGAACAGGUCAGGCAGACCUAAAGCCACAACAGAAUCAGAAGACGAGCUUGUGAGUGUUAACAGUUUGUGUGAUGGCCACUCGCAGGACAGCAGCUUCAAACAGAGCUGAACAGUAUUCGUAGCAAACAAGUCUCAUUUUCAGCUGUGAAGAGAAGACCUGGAGCUGUCGGUUUGAGAGGAGGUGCAGAAAUGAAGCAUCAGCAUAAGAUAAUGAGAAAAGCCAGGAAAAGACGAAGAGGCCUGCUUUUGUUUAGGCGCUCUAAGUCGAUUUGAUCUUUCAAGAAUCACUGUCUUUUCAACGGACUACAUCUGGGAGAACCUUCCUCUUUUUCAGCUCUUUAAUUUGUCUUAUUUCUGUGUGACUGUGUAUGUAUGAGUGAACAAGACCUUGGCUUUUCUCAAACCCCUCUCCCUUUACAGGACUUCUCUUUUACUUUAAAUCACUUAACAAAAAUCCCAAAAAAAUGGAAACUCUCGUUCAACUCAAAAACAACCAAUUUUUGAUGGGACUAUGUCGAAAUGGGCCUCCACCCGAUCUACAGUAUGACAACUCCUCAGAGCUCUUCCGCAUCUCUACCUUUGCUCGUUUCCCCGCUUCGGCAGUCACAGAGCGAAGUCUGGCGAGGGCAGGUUGGUUCUACACUGGCGUGGGCGACCGUGUGCAGUGCUUCAGGUGUAACGUGACCGCGGAGGGCUGGCAGGCCGGAGAUUGCCCAACGGAAAAGCACAGACAGCUCUCUCCCACCUGCUCCUUCAUCCAGAGCCUGCCUUCCACAGCCAAUCUGCUCUCUUCCUCUCACUCCGCCUUCUCCCCACUUCGCAUCGCUCCAGCUAUACCGCUUUCUGGUCCAGGCCCGGCCGCUCCCUUCCCGCCAGUGAGCCAGGGUGAAGAACCAGUCGGCUACCUGAACAUGGCCUUCACUGCCCUGCCUCCCUCCAGCCCCCUGAGCUCUCGUGGCGUAGAGGACAUGUCCCACCAGAGACCCACGUGUCACAACCCCAGCAUGCGCCGGGAGCAGGACAGACUGGAUUCUUUCCACUCCUGGACGCUCUCCAUCAUCACUCCCGCAGAGCUGGCCAAGGCGGGGUUCUACUACCUGGGUCAGGGCGACCGAGUGGCCUGCUUCAGCUGCGGAGGGCAGCUGAGUAACUGGGAACCAGGAGACAGAGCCGUAUCCGAGCACCAGAGGCAUUAUCCAAACUGCCGCUUCGUGCGGGGCGACCGGGCUGACAACGUGUCGCUGGCCGGAGCCGCAGCAACCGCCUCUCUGGCGGCAACUUCGCAGCUGUCAUCAGGAGCCGUCGCCCUCAGCAACGUGUCGAAUCCCUCCAUGCAGCAGAGCGACGAGAGGCUGAUCACGUUUGUCAACUGGCCGACUCGUAUCCCUGUGCGGCCCGACCAGCUGGCCAAAGCCGGCUUCUACUAUGUCGGUCGCAACGACGACGUCAAGUGUUUCUGCUGCGAUGGAGGUCUGCGAUGCUGGGAGUCUGGAGAUGAUCCGUGGGUCGAACAUGCCAAAUGGUUUCCUCGGUGUGAGUAUUUGCUACAGGAGAAAGGACAAGACUUUGUUCACCAGAUCCAGGCUCGUUUUCCUCGUUUGUUUGAGCAGCUUUUAACGAACGGAGACAGCAGCUCAAGAGAGUUUGUGGAUCCGCCAGUGGUUCACCUCGCUCCAGGAGAGGAGCGCUCCGAGGACGCCGUCAUGAUGAACACCCCAGUGAUUAAAUCUGCGUUAGAGAUGGGCUUCGAGCGCAGCCUGGUCAAGCAGACGGUCCAGAGUAAGAUCCUGACCAGUGGAGAGAACUACAGGACCGUCCAGGAGCUGGUUUCAGACCUGCUGAGUGCUGAAGACCAGAAACGUGAAGAAGAACGGGAGAUGCUGGCAGAGGCGAUGGCAUCAGAUGGUUUCACAUUUGUGAAGAGGCACCAGGCAGCAUUGAUCCAGCGUCUGAAGAGUGUCGAGCCGGUCUUGGACCAUUUGAGAGAGCAAAACGUCUUAUCUGCUGAGGAGUUCAGUGGUCUUCAGGCUCAGACGUCGGCCCAGCAGCAGACGGCCCGGCUCAUCGAGCUCGUCCUCACCAAGGGAAACGCCGCCGCCGAGGUCUUCCGCAACUGGAUCCAGAAAAACGACGUCCACCUGCUCAGAGACCUCAUGGCACAGUCAAACGAAGCUGCAUCACCAAGUCAAGAUCUUUCAGACCUCCCGAUGGAAGAGCAGCUGCGUCGCCUGCAGGAGGAGCGAACCUGCAAGGUGUGCAUGGACAAAGAGGUCAACAUUGUCUUCAUCCCAUGUGGACACCUGGUGGUGUGCAAGGAGUGUGCACCAUCUCUGCGAAAGUGCCCGAUCUGCAGAGGCCUUGUUAAAGGCACAGUUCGAACCUUCCUCUCCUAACAAGGUUGAAACUUGUGCCGCAACGUCACUGAAUGUAAGCAAUAUAUUUGACUCUUGUAGGAAGGUUUUCACUUCUUUCCUAGAAUUACACAUAGUUUCUGUUCCAAGGGCUCCCGUUGCCUCAAGCUUCCCAUCAUUUCCAUGCAUAAAUAGAUUAAACUAAAGACGGCCAAAACUGAUCCGAUGUUAAAGUCCAAUUGUUCUGUAAUUACCUGAACUUAUUUGUACAUUUUUUGGUAAUGAUUACUGCAGUGGUUUGGUUUCAAAAGAACCAUGUGAUACAUAUUAAAUUUACAUGAUGCUUAUGAAGUCAGUAAUGCUGCAUUAUUGCAGGUGUUUUGGGUUUUUAUUUAUUUUUUUAAGAGUUUCAAUCCAAUAUGGUGGCCUGUAAGCCAUUAAUUUGGCAAAUGGUUUUUGUUCAUUUACUUAGAAAACCAGAAUUAAAGACAUAUUGUCCUUUCCUGAUAUUGUAAAACAAAAAUGUCAAUAAAAAAUGAAACUGAGCAA